GCAGUGGGCCAGUUUCGUGCGCAGGGUAGAAACUUAGGAAGGCCGAUAACUCAAUGUCGGAGUAUUUUGAUUUGAGAUAAUUUGACUGCUAUUGCCGUGUUUGUCAAAAUGGUUUCUGGUCUAGAGCAGUUUGUAAAUGCUGUUCAGACACUAUCAUCACAAGGAAAUUACACAGAUUUAUGUGAUGUGCUGAGUAAGUCAACUGAGGUAUUGUCAAAAAAUCUCCAACACCUGGACAAUGUUUUGGAGACCUUGGACACGCAUCAGCAUUCUCUUGGUGUUCUCGCUGUGUUGUUUGUGAAAACGUCGAAUUUACCUGGUCAUCCUGCUCAAGGCAGUGGAGCAGCAGAAUCAGUAGCUCAUUCUGAGACGAAGACUCACGAUGUUUUAAUAUUUAACCAGUUCCAGAAUUUUGUAGACAAAUGUGACAGCACCCAAAUACGGCAGGCACCUGACACAUAUUCAGAAGUGUGCCAUGUGGUCACUAAGAUUUUAAUUGAUCAGAAAAGACCUCAUAGAGGUAUUGACCUCUUAAAGAGAGCAAUACGUAAGCUCCAGAAGCAUGAAUCUCAACUAACAGGUGUACAUGCAGAUCUAAUGCAACUUUGUCUUCUCGCCAAAAAUUUCAAACCAGCUCUUGAAUUUCUGGAUAUUGAUAUAUGUAGCAUUAGUGAUGAGGGCUCACAGUCUGAAGCAAAGUACUUUUUGCUUUAUUUUUAUUAUGGGGCUAUGAUAUACACUGCUCUCAAAAAGUUUGAUAGAGCUCUUUACUUUCUUGAAGUUGUUAUCACUACCCCUGCAAUGGCUGUUUCACACAUUAUGUUGGAAGCAUACAAGAAGUACAUUCUUGUUUGUCUAAUUCUUCAUGGAAAAGUCCUCAACCCUCCGAAGUAUACUUCUCAAGUUAUUGAAAGAUUCAUCAAACCUUUGAGUUCUGCUUACCAUAAAUUGAGUUUAGCUUACAAUUCAAACAGCUGUGAGGAGCUGCAGCAAUGUCUAACUCUCUAUGCCGAGACCUUCAAUAGGGAUGGAAACAGUGGUCUUGCUAAACAAGUUCUUGCUUCUCUUAGAAAGAAAAAUAUUCAAAGGCUCACAAAGACCUUUCUGACACUGUCUCUCUCUGAUGUAGCAAGCCGGGUCCAGUUACCAUCACCUAGGGAUGCUGAAAAGGCCAUCUUAAACAUGAUUGAGGAUGGAGAAAUUUUUGCAAGCAUUAAUCAGAAAGAUGGAAUGGUAUUCUUCCAUGAUGAUCCAGAAAAAUUCAACUCACCUGCCGCAUUAAAGCGACUGGAGGAGGAGAUGGAACGAUGUACCGAACUAGAUCGUAAAAUUCUUGAAAUGGAUGAAAAGUUUUUGGUAAAUCCUGCCUUUAUUAAAAAGCAACAAUCUGGUGCUACUGAAGAUGACAUUGCUUUAGCACCAGCUAUGAGUGGUCAAGGAUCUUCUACCUUCACCAUGUAAAAUUCAUGUGACACCUAUUGUUGUUUGACAGAUCAGGCUGAAGAAUGAAACCAUCUUAAUUAUUGAUGUUGGGGAAUCUCUUGCUCAAUUCCCACUUUUCCAUUCUAUUAUUCUGUUUGUUUUAGUGAGUAUUAACCUACUAUUAGAUGCCAUGCAGAUCAUUUCAAAUUGUGAUAAUAGCCAAAAUGGACUGUGGUCUUUGAAUUGGUUCAGAAAGCAACUUGUCAUAAAAUUUUCUUUUCAUAUUGAUGUUAUUGAUAUUGACAUAUUCCUACACACCUUUUCAACAAAUCGUCCGGGCUUGUUAUUUUUGUUUUGCAUCUAUUUUAAAAGGUAUUCAAUAAUAAUUUAUAAUAAAAAUCUUUGUGAUUCUUGGCA